AUGGCCGGACACGAAAAGGGCAACCCCCGCACGUCCCUGUGUUCGCGCGCCCGCGCACGUCCCCGUGUCUGCGCACUGGCUCCACGUCCCGUGCCGUCCGGCUUGCCGCCGCCGUCCCCUACGCGCCGGCUCCGCGGUUCGGCCCCGCUCUCAGCAGCGCCCCGGGCCUCCACGCCCCCGCCACCUGCACCACGUCCGGCCCGGCUCCGCUCCAUCGCCCGGCCACCUCGGCGGCUCCCGCGCCCUGCCCCGGCGAGCCGGCCUCCGAAUCGCGGCCCUGCUGCUCAUCCGCCUCGUCCAGCGAGCCCCGCCGGCUCGCGGCCCGCGCUGGCUGCGAUACUCUUGGCCUCCCGGGCCGCCUGCCGGGUCGCCACGCGCGGUGCCAGCUCCGCCCAGCCUCCGCUCCGACCGCGCCUGGUCUUGCUCGUCGCCGGCCGGCUCCAUGCCUCCCGCGCGCUUGCCCCAGCACCCGCGCCGACCACGUCGGCCCCGUGCCCGGCCAAGGGCCCGCUCCCGCCGGCGCCAGCGCUCCACCGCGCACGGCUCCGAGCCGGCUCCCACCCCACGCGCGCGCGGCGCCUCCUCCUCCUGCCGGCGUCCGCGCUCCCCUGCGCCUGA